AUGAGCUCCUGCAAUCCGGCCGAUCAUCCGAUCUUCUGGUGCGACAAUCUGAAACGUCUCGAGCGGAAGCGCAUCGCCGAUGAGAGCCUGCGCGACUGGCGAAACCGGAAGCUGAUCGAGCGACGGGCGCGCGCCAAGGACCAGGCCCAUUUUCCCCUCUUCCAGUACCGGGAAGUGAUGGAGCGCUACUCGCCGUGGGGCCGGAAGGGCGGCGGCGCACCGAACGACACGAUCCGCAUGCGCAACAUCCAGGCCGAGGGCCUCUAUCCGGAGACGAAGAACGACCUGCGGAAUCCCGUCACGCUGGGCAGGACACGGGGGGUGGGGGCGGGCGGGGGUGGCGCGCCGAUCCGCAGCGCCUCCGGCCAGAUCGUGACCGGCCUGACGGACGAUCCCAUCAUCAGCUUCAACGACGCCAACCGGUACCAUGUGGACAACGAGCUGCGCUAUCGGACGUCGCCGGCCCAGCAGCAGCACUACCGGGCGGAACUGGACCGGAUCGUGGCGGAGAAGGAGAACCGGACGCGCAAGACGCGCAGCUCCGAGCUGGCGGAGACGAGCGUGGCGGGGGCGGGGGCGGGCGCGGUGGGCGCCGGAAGCCGCACGAAUGGCGGCGGCCCCUGGGGUAAGGCGGGUCCGGGUGGGAAGCCGUGGCGGCCGCCGCGCAACGUCGGCCACAACUUCAUGAAGUCGAUGGGCUGGACGAACAAGGAGACGCUGCAGGAUCUCGAUCUGGAGCUGGUCAGUCGAAUGCAGCGCCAGCUGGAGGAAGAGAACCGCUUCCUGAAGCGCUUCUCCAACUGCUGCUCGCGUUGUGUUUGUCAGUGCGUCAGCAACAGCCUGGAACCGCAGACGGGCGCUGGCGGAAGUGCCGGCGCGGGCAUGUCGGGGGCCAGCCAGCGGGCCAAGUACCACACGACGCCCCCAGCGACGGCACCAGGCCCGCAGUCGUCGUCCCACGAGCCUCCGGCAGCUCUGCACGACUCGCAGCGGCGCGUUCCGAGACUCUGCAACCAACCAGGACAGCAAGGCAGCCAACAGCAGCAGCAGCCAUCUCAGCAACCAGCAACGAACAGCAGCCAAACCCAGCCGGCACGCCGGAAUGGCCGGGUGCCACCGACACGCAACUGCAUGAUCACGGGAGGCGUCGAGCUGGUGCCGCUGCUCGCCAAGCGCCGCUCCCAGCCGCGUCCCAUCAGCCUCGGCACGACCGACGUCACCAAGAUCGAUAAGUACACCUCGAACGGCAGUUUGGCGCGCCGGGCCGACGACCGCUACCUUACCGAUCUCUGCAGUCAGAUGAACCAGAAGCAGCGCAAGGUCGAGACGGUGCGGGCGAUGGAGUUCGAGACCAGCCGGCAGCACUUCGAGACGUGGAGCAGUUUCUGGGGCCGGCCGGGCCACGGGGCGCCCCUGCCCAGCAAGAACAAGCACAACCUGGACAAUCUGCUUUACAAAUCGCGCCGCUAA